GUUGGAUUUGGGGCAGGCUUUGACGGGGCGGUACAGUCCGGCGAGCCGGGGUCAGAGUCUGGCUGGCGUGACCUUGCGGCGGAAUGUCCUUAUGCAGGGCAGGGAUGAAUGGCCCCGGGCACCCAGCGGAGGUCUGGGCAUGGAACUGGUCGAGAAGCGCCCGGACGGCAAUACGGUCUACAAGAUCCUCCAUAAUGCGGCGUACACGGAUGUGCAGAGGCAGUUUGAGCUAUGCGUGGAGUCGAUGGACCCCCAGCGUAUGAUUCAUCUUCUGCAGUACAACCCCUACCAUAUCUCCACUCUCCUCCAGGUGUCGGAGAUUGCCAAGCACCAGGGUGAUCACGCCGUCUCCGCGGACCUGCUUGAGCGAGCGCUCUUCAAUAUCGGGCGGUCGGCUCAUUCCUCGUUUGGCAACCUGCUGAAGCAAGGCCAGGCGAAGCUGGACUUCGUGCACGAGGCGAACCGGGAACUCUGGCUUGUCGGUUGGCGGUAUAUUGCCAAUUUGGGUAUGAAGGGAACGUGGCGGACGGCAUACGAGUGGGCGAAGUUGCUUCUGGGUCUUAAUGAGAGCGAUCCGUACUGCAUACGCUUGUUGAUCGACCACCUGGCGCUUCGAGGUCGAGAGUACUCUCACUUUGUCGAUCUGUGCACCCAGACUCGGCUGAGCAAGGGUUGGGAGACUCUGCCUAACAUCCAAUGUUCGCUCGCCCUGGCAUAUCUGCGACUGAACAAACCCAAGGAUUGCCGCGAGCAGCUUCGCCGGGCCAUGUCCCGCUACCCGUGGGUGUUCUGCAAGCUCGCGCAGGAAUUAGACAUCCAGCCUAUGCCCAAGCGUAUCUGGGGCAAGAUGCCUCCUACAACUUCCCACGAAUUGCUUACUGAACUCUACAUCUCUCGAGCAAAGGAUCUUUGGAAUACUCCGGAAGCUGUCUCCCUGAUCGUGGAGGUGGCGGACACGUUGCCGGAAGAAGAGGAGCCUGUCGAACCGCCAGAGAUUACUCUUGACAUUGCGCGCCACGUCGUUAUUUCCGAUAUUCCGAAGGUCACGACUUUCCUUCCGGGACGUUUCAUUUCUGGACGCAUCUCGUCGUCAGACCCUCUUCCUCCGCAAGGAUCGGAGGCUCAUCGCCAGCAGUCUGAUCCCACUCCGCCGUGGGUAGCCCCAGUUCCCCCAGGUGGGGGGCGCCCUCAAUGGCUUCGGGAUCUUCUGGAUCAGCUGAACAACAACGUAAAUCAAUUCCCUGCAUUCCAACGUGAUGGCGACGAGGUGAUUGAGGCCGAUGACAUAUCAGCUCACGGAGGGGAGACAAAUAAUGCACAGGCACAUCCGAGUGCCGACCAGCCACUGCUUCUGGAGCAAUGGCUGUUGAGCGACGGUAUGCACGCGCUUCAGGCAUUCCUCCAACAAUACGGGGUGGAUCGAGGAAACUGGGGAGAUGUCGUCGACUACUCUCCUUUGACCGAGUAUGUAGAUGCGUUAGACUCCGUGCAGCCGGAGUCGGAACAGGAAUCAUUGUUAAGAGGGCCUAUCCGCGAGGCUAUGGGCGAGCUGGCGGUUGCCAUGCUGGAGGAUGAAUUGCAGCUGCUUCGAUACGAUGAAGAGGAGGAUAUUUGAUACCCCACUGAGGUUACCUUAUCGUUAUGUGCGCUAGAAAGAUGAGUAUGAAAUAGAAGAGUAGUGAUCAGG